AUGCCUCCUCUUCUUCUCGGCGUAGGGCUCAGCUACCAUCUGAAGAGUCUGACUCGGAUGAUCAGCCGUUGUCUCAGAGACUUCUCCGCCGAGCCCCCCCCCCCCCCACCACUUGUGCCAGAUUCGGGCCCUUCCGCUGUUUCUCCACCACCUCCUACUGCCACCCCUGCUUCUCCUUCACCUCCUAUUGCGACCCCGACUCCUGCCCCUAGCCGGGUAGAUGUCUCGCCUAAUCCCUCCACGGUUUCGGUUGAGCCUCCGCUAGCUCAACCUUCUCUGCUCGAGGUUCAGGUUGAUCCCCCACUGGUUCAGCCCGCUACUUCGCAACAGCCUCAAUGCGCUGAAGCUGGCCCCUCGCAACACCCUUCACUAGCUACCUCACCUCCAGACCCGUCUCCUGUGCCUCCCUCAGCUCCUUCGGGGUCUGCUGCUAGGCCUUCUAACUCCGCUGCGGGGCCUUCCCAAUCGCCACUACCUGUUCCUCUUUAUUAUCGUACCACCACUUCUUCUGAGGCUGGGCUACAAUCUCGGUGUGAUGUUCCCACCAGCUCCUUGACAAUGAAAGGUCGCCUGACCACUGUGUGGGAAGAAAAUGUUUCUCCUAUGUCCCAGGCCUGUGCAGAGUUCUUGACAAUAAAUCAGUCCUUCCAUGUCAUCCAUCGUCAAAAUAAGAUGCUGCAAGAUAAGGUAACUAAACUGGAGCUUCAAUUGAAUAAUCCGACGCAGGCUAGUUACGCCUUGAGAGCUGAAGUAAAGGCUCUAACCAAAAAGAAGAAUAGUCUGGAAGUAUCCUUGACGAUAUCUGACCAAAAGCUUAAGGACCUCAAGGAAGAAAAAAGCCAAGUUGAGGUUGUACACCAACAACUUAUGGACCAGCAAGCUUUGGAACAUCAGUGA